AUGGGUGGAGCGAGCAGCCGGCAAAGCGAGGGCGGCUCGACGGCGUUCAAGGGAUGCUGGCCAAGGAGGAGGAGAGGCCGCAAGGAGGAAAAGUACGCAAAGACGGGCACAAAACGGAGCUCUUCGCAUCUAUCCAGAAUCGAGAUAGAGCGUGAGUGCGUGUGGGAGGAGCUGCCGACUCCGAGUUCCGACAGAAUGUACGAAAUGGGCGGCGACCCGCACGACGAGCUGCUGGCCCUGGGUAGCGGGAUGAAUUAUGAAAAAUUGAUGCAGAAUGACUGCUGCCUGCUCCAUCCGAAUGCCAUGGAGCACGCGUUCGGGCGGCUGGUUCAGGUCUCCGUGGAGACGAUGGCCAUCACAGCCCUGCCACGGGAAUCAAUCGAUAAUUGGCUGAAGGAACGGCUGAAGAAAUGGGUCCAGUUGAGUGGACAUGAAGGAAGCAUCGUCCCCGCCUCAUGCAAUACCCUCUACAAGAAGCAGUGCUCAAACCGAGCCGAGGGCCUCGCCUACGCGGCUAUAUCCAAGGACCCGCGUCUCCAGGAAAUCGGCUUCGCCCCCAGAUUCCAUCGACAAAUCGAGAAGAAUGAGGAGAGCUUCAUCGAGAUUGAAGAUUUGCUAUCACAAUUCCGGGAUCCGUCUCAUACGGCGAUUAUGGAUAUUAAAGUUGGGACAAGGACAUUCCUCGAAUCCGAAGUUUCAAACACCAAGCUCCGCCCGGACCUCUACGACAAGAUGGUCGCCAUCGACCCCGACGAGCCCACCGAGGAGGAGCAUAAAAGGAGAAGCAUCACGAAGCUGCGCUACAUGCAGUUCCGCGAGCGGGAGAGCAGCUCCGCCCAGCUCGGCUUCCGGAUUGAGGCCGCCAAGAUGCCUGGCGGUUCCCUCCAAAAGAACUUCAAGAAGGUUCGCAGCUGGGAGGACGUCUCGGCGACGAUGCGCGAAUUUUUUGGCGCAGAUGUGAAGCGAGUUCGUCAAGCCAUCCUAAACAGACUCAUCAAAAUGCGAGACGCCGUCGAGCACAGCGAGUUCUUUGCUGCACAUGAGGUGGUGGGCAGCUCUCUUCUGUUGAUGUACGACAGAGACCAAGUGGGGGUGUGGGCGAUUGACUUCGCCAAGUCAACGCGGAUAGAGGCUGGGAGGAGGUUGAGCCAUCGAGACACGUGGACACCCGGGAAUAAUGAGGAUGGAUAUCUGAUGGGGAUUGAUAAUCUUAUACAGAUUGUCGAAGACCUAAAUGCCGAGGAU